UAAGCAUACGCACAUGGAGCAACAAAAAGUUUGGGCAAGUGACAGUUCUGCUUCAUUCCUUCCACACAGAGCUGAUCCACAAACACUCACACAGCUCUUGGACUGGCAUUGCGCCACAGUACCAGAACUUUUCAGCCUGGACACCUGGGCCACACAAAUCCCCACCAAUAACAACCGGAGGAUAACAGAAAAAGGAAAAGGAAAAAGGAAAGCUCCAAGCCUACCUCUACUGAGAGGAAGCAGCAGCAGCGGCAGCGGCAGCAAUGGCAGCAGCCGCUCUCCAGUGCUGCCCUGUACUGGGCUCACGGCCGGCAUCGUCCAUCUCACGAUCUUUCUCCGCAAGAACACCGGCGGUUAGCAGGACAGGGGAGGCCAGGAGGAGGAGGCUGCAGCAAUGCCGUUCCCAGUCUGCCGAGGGGCGAUCGCCGGGUAGCUCGCCUCCGCAGCUGGAGCGCCUCUUCUCAAAUGUCAACAAGGCAACCAUGAAGCACGAGCCAGGGAGUAUCACCGGUUCCGUCUUCCUUGUGGCCGGCACAACGGUCGGGGCAGGUAUCCUUGCGAUCCCUGCCGUCACACAAGAAGCUGGAUUCUUGGCCUCAGCAGUCACAUGCGUUUUCUGCUGGACAUAUAUGGUUGUAACAGGGCUGUUAGUUGCUGAAGUAAAUGUCAAUACAAUGUGUGAACUAGGAUCUGGAAGUGUCUCCCUGGUUUCAAUGGCCAAGCGCACUCUAGGGACAGCUGGAGUGAGAACAGUUUGCUUUUCAUAUUUGUUUAUACAUUAUGCACUUCUUGUUGCAUAUGUGGCACGCUCUUCAGAGAUCUUAACAAACUCACUGGGCAUACCAUUAUUGGAGAGUGCUACCCUGUUUUCACUGGCUUUUGGCGGACUAUGUUACUUCGGAAGUCAGCGAGUCAUUGGUGCCGUGAAUGGUUUUUUGGUGUUCAGUAUCAUAGCAUCCUUCACAGUUCUUGUGGUGGUGGCAAGUGGAAACAUACAGUGGAGUUCUCUUCUCGAAACGAAUUUUGCUGCUGCUCCCCAAAGUAUACCAAUAAUUGCUCUUUCAUUUGUAUAUCAGAAUGUAGUUCCUGUUCUCUGCACAAAUUUGGAGGGAGACCUGUCAAAAGUAAGGAAGGCCAUUGUAUUAGGUACUGCCAUACCCCUUGCUCUGUUUCUCGUAUGGGAUGCUGUCAUCCUGGGGACAAUCCCGGGGUUUGCAGAAAGUGGGACUAUUACUGAUCCGUUACAACAACUUAGGUCAAGCAAUGGUACAGUGGGGCCUAUUGUUGAGGCAUUCUCAUUUCUGGCAAUAGGCACAUCAUACAUCGGAUUUGUUCUGGGACUCACAGACUUCAUCGCAGACUUGCUCAAACUACCAAGUGGACAGAACAAACCUCUGACAUACCUUGUAACUUUGUUCCCUCCACUUGUUCUGUCACUGCUUGAUCCAGAGAUAUUUUUCAAGGCAUUGGACUUUGCAGGAACUUAUGGAGUUCUAGUACUCUUUGGAGUUUUCCCUGCAGCUAUGUCUUGGUCAGAGAGAUACUCAAAUGACUUGGAAGCUCCUAUAUCCCCAAUAGUCCCAGGAGGAAAAUUAACCCUCUCAUUUGUUAUGGGGGGUGCCUUGCUUGUAAUAUUUUCAGAGGUUUUCAAGGACAUAAUGUGCAGUUACAAGGACUAAAUUGACAAUUAUGAUGUGCAAAGUUCCACCACUGAUGCUUCUGCAGAUUUUUGUGCAAUGUUGCUAAUAAGAGGUAUUAACACAUCCAAAGAGAAUAGUCUGGUAUUUCUAGCCUUUCUUAACCCCUUCGGCAGUUUCAUCAAGACAUUCAGUCAAGUUGACUUGUUUUUUUUUUUUUUUGAGAAAUGUCAAGUUGAGUUGUGUUGUACAUAUUUACCAUAUAACACUUUUUCUAGUAUAUAUUUAUCAAUAGGGCCCUCCCCUACUGCUACUUUA